CCGAAUUCCCCGUACUAACUAAUGGGGCCCAAAUCUCUUGCUUCAGUGCCCAUGUCGCCUCUCACUCGCUUCCCCUCACGGUCUCUUCUCCGCCUGGCCGCCGGCGACUGUCGCCUCUGCCCCUCCUUCCGUUUCCUGCUUCGGCCUUCGUCGUCCAGAGUCUGGUUCAAGUUCCUUGCGCGUCGCGUCUGCUUCGCGUUCUUGUGUUUCUCGCCUUCCGUCGACCUCCUCUCUCUGCCGUCGUCUCUUCAAGCUUUUGCUUGACUGGCUCUUUGAUUUUGUUGAUUUACCCUCUGUUUGGAUGGGUAAUUGUCAAGGUUAAUUGUCUGCAGAAUCUUUCUGUUUAGCUUGCUCAGGCAUGUGCUGGGUUUCAGUUUAAAAUAAAUGGCUUGAUCCUGCUUCCAUGGCUGCUGCUUCUACUUUACGGAUAGAGAGCCAUGGGCAAAGGAGUACGUGUGGAACCAAGAAAUCAGGCGGUGAUCAGAAGGCUGAACGCCUGAACCGUGAAUGUGAAGCAAAGUUGCGAACUCUCUACCUUGCUCCAUGUUGUUUUUCUUCAUGUUACUUUUGCUUGCACUAAUUACUCUAUCUACUAUAAAGUAGAAUCCAUUGACUAUUGUCAAUUUUAUCUGCUUUUCGGACUGAACAAUCAUAAAAUGAAUCCUGAUCUGCAUGCUCUUACCUGCGCGAUUCUCUCCAGCAACACACAUUACUCAAUUUCCCAAGUGAAGCAACUCCACCUUGCUUUUCUCAAAAAGGGUAUUCUGAAUUCUGCACUUGCAAUUGGAAACAGCCUUCUUCAGUUGUACUCCAGGUGUGGUAGCAUGAUAGAUGCACGGCAUUUGUUUGAGGAGAUGCCUCAGAGAAACUGUUUCUCUUGGAGUACUAUGGUUGAAGGUUAUAUGAAGUUAGGUCACAAGUCCAAGUCCCUGGAGUUAUUUGAUAUCAUGCCCAUAAAGAAUGAUUACUCUUGGAAUGUGAUAGUUUCUGGAUUUGCGAAGGCUGGUGAACUAGAAAUAGCACAUCCAUUGUUCAAUGCUAUGCCCAGGAAAAACGAGCUAGUGUGGAAUUCAAUGAUUCAUGGUUAUGUCCGAAUCGGGCAAACUGGAAAAGCUUUGAUGCUCUUCAAGAAUUUGAAUUCAGACCCACUAGAAGCAAGGCAUCGGGAUACAUUCAUUUUGGCAACUGUAGUUAGGGCUUGCACAGAUUUGUUGGCUUUGAACUGUGGCAAACAAAUCCAUGCUCGCAUUUUCAUUGACAGUGUGGAACUUGAUUCAGUCUUAUGUAGUUCGCUGAUUAAUUUAUAUGGGAAAUGUGGUGAUUUUGUUUCUGCAGAUCAUAUUAUGACCAUUGUGGGGGAACCUGAUGACUUCUCUCUAUCAGCUUUGAUAUCAGGGUAUGCACAUUCUGGUAGAAUGAAUGAUGCGAGAAGAAUUUUUGAAAGAAAGAUUAAUCCAUGUCAUGUUUUGUGGAAUUCAAUUAUUUCAGGAUAUAUAUCCAAUGGCGAGGAAUUGGAAGCAUUGACUCUCUUCAACAGACUGCGUAGAAAUGGGGUUGAGGAAGACCCCUCUACAAUUGCGAACAUUUUGAGUGCUGGUAGUAGCUUACUUGUUAUUGAGCUUGUCAUACAGAUGCAUGCCCAUGCUACUAAAGCUGGGGUAUCUGAUGACAUUAUUGUUGCUAGUGCUUUGCUUGAUGCAUAUGCAAAAUGUCAAAGACUUUUUGAAGCUUGCAAAUUGUUCAAUGAGCUUAAAGCUUAUGAUACGGUUUUGCUUAACACUAUGAUCACUAUAUAUUCCACUUGCGGAAGAAUUGAUGAUGCUAAAUGGAUUUUUAGGACAAUGCCAAAUAAAACUAUGAUAACUUGGAACGCAAUGUUAGUGGGCCUCUCUCAGAAUGCUUGUCCAGGAGAAGCGUUAGAUAUCUUUUGUCAAAUGGUUAAGCUGGACUUAAAAUUGGACAAGUUUAGCGUUGCCAGUGUUAUCAGUUCUUGUGCAAGUACUUCAUCCCUUGGACUUGGUGAACAAGUAUUUGGUAAAGCUGUUACUAUUGGGCUUGAAUCUGACCAGAUCAUUUCUACUUCCCUUGUUGAUUUUUACUGUAAAUGUGGGUUUGUUGAGAUAGGUCGUAAAAUUUUUGAUGGAAUGAUCAAAACUGAUGAAGUUUCUUGGAAUACAAUGUUGAUGGGAUAUGCUACAAAUGGAUACGGAUUUGAAGCACUUGCCCUCUUCAGUGAAAUGAGGCUUGCUGGUGUUAGACCUUCUGGUAUAACUUUUACUGCGGUUCUCUCAGCCUGUGAUCACAGUGGUCUAGUUGAAGAAGGAAGAAAUUGGUUCAGUAGUAUGAAAUAUGACUAUAACAUUGAUCCAGGCAUUGAGCAUUGCUCUUGCAUGGUUGAUCUCUUAGCCCGCGCUGGUUGCUUUAAGGAAGCAAUGGAUCUUAUGGAAGAGAUGCCUUUUGAGGCUGAUGCAAGCAUGUGGUCAUCGAUAUUGAGAGGCUGCGUAGCCCAUGGAAACAUGACUUUUGGCAAGAAGGCUGCUGAGCAAAUUAUUGAGCUUGAUCCUGGAAAUUCCAGUGCUUUCAUACAAUUAUCUAACAUACUUGCAACUUCUGAGGAUUGGGAAGGAUCAGCGCAAGUAAGAAAUUUGAUGAGAGAUAAGCGUGUUCAAAAGAAUCCAGGUUACAGUUGGGCAAAUUGUUGAAUAAGAAAUUCCACUGUGGUCCCCAGUUUUCACCUCUUUACAUGAAAAGGAAUGAAUUCAAGGAAAAUAAACCCUGUGCAAGAAUAAGCCACUGUGCCUCCCUAGGAUUCCUUGUUUUUUGGGCUAUUCUUAGCACUGAUCAAAUGUGAUCUGAAGACAGUGAACAGCUUGAUUCUAUUCUGAUGGAUUUUCUUUCAAAGACAUGUCAUGCCUCCUGAGUUAGACCUGAAAAAUUUGAAGAAAGAGGCACGGAUGCUUUGGGGAUGCAUAUCUUAAGCCAAUAAAUAAAGGAUGUUGCACUUAAUUCUCCAACCCCUUUGGCUUGACGCAUGUACAGACUGCAGAGCUCAAAUCUGAAGCAUAUUUUAAGUAAUAGAGAAGCAUACAGUCAUUUCUCAGUUCUUGCAAUUUUUUUUUUUUUUUAAUAGACGGCCAUGGAUAAACUGUGCUAGUUGACAUGUUGAAUCAUGUCAACGUACAAAAGAUUUUUACAAUCAAGAGGCACAGUAUGAAAAAAUAUAAACAUUUAAAUUAUUGGUGAAGGCUUGUUGAGUAGUUCUUGCGAAUUUCACUUGUUGAGAUGUAGUCGGUUUCUGGUUUUUUGAAUGAAGCCUUGACUUUGUUCAAAACAAAAAAAAAAAAACAAAAAAAAUAUUGGACAUUGUGGAAGACCAAAAUAAUGACACUUGCAAUAUUUUGCCACCAUAAUCCUCUUCCUGGAAAGUGAGGCAUGGAUAUAUUUUGCGUGAUUCAAGGAUUGCCAUUAAGGAAUGGGUUUCAUUUUGGGGAAAUUAGGGCUGCAUAUUGUGCCAUCAUUGCUUGUGAUGUCACUAAAGAUUACAUUGGGAAUGACAUCAAGCUCAUUGCUGAUGAAGUCUUAAGUCGGAGUGGCAUUUUCAUCGCAGGUCAUGACAGCACAUUUCUUCAGAUUUUUAUCUUACUCUAUUGGUUGCGGUGGUGGCCAUGGCAGAAGAAGUGCUCUUCGAACGGUGCUGGAUAGUCACCAACCCAACCUGCAAGGAAUCCGGGAAGAUUACAAAGCACUGCCCCCGGCAUGAAAAAGAACUGGACAGCAAAGGGAAUCAAUAAUUUUUAUUCAAUCUAGCUGAAGUUAGCAACAUGCCACUACACAAAAUUUAGGUCAGUCUUUCCAAAUCUUUUUACACUUUAUAUAUAUAUAUAUAUAUAUAUAACUUUCUUGUCUUAAAUAUAUGUUUUCUAAAUUUUGAGAUCCCCUUUAGGUGUAGUGUUUGUUCCUGGAAAUUAAACAUACUUCUUAGGUAUAAAAUGUCCUUUCUGUUUUGUUCUCCUGUGGACCAUAAACGAUCACUACCGAGGAGAAACAAUAAAACUUAAGGUAGAGACUGUCUUAUUAACUGCAUUUUAAUGGUGAAAAUAAAACCCUCAAAUUUAUAAUUGUAAAUAUGUAUGUAUGUAUUUAAUGACGUAUUUUUUUUUUUUUUUACUUUAUUGUGCCAGUCAUUUUGAAGUAAGUAAAUUGGCGUUUGGCGCCUCUUCAAAGAAAGAUAUUGCAAAUCAUUUUUCUAUUCGUAUUGUACCUUUGUUCACCAAUAUUUAACGAAAAGCUAAAAAAUUUGUAAU